AGAGAGACCACACGCGUUCGAGAGGAACGGCUCUGCAGCAGAACUGCCGGGCUGGAGGCGCCUCUCUUGCUCCAGCAGCGCUGGCUGAUGGCUGGACAUGCACUGAACUAGGGUAUCCCUCUCCAUCCCUCUCCAUUUCCCCCUCCCUGUUCCCCUCACUCCUUGAGGUCCAGCAUCUGCUUCCAUCCAACCCCACGACCCGGUUCCUGAGGAAGCCCUUCAUCUGGACCACCGGGUGACUGGCACUGGAAGUGUGUCACCGGUACAAAUGAAGCCCUCUUUGCUGCUUCUGUGUCACCUCUGGCUGUUCAGCCCCACGCCUCUCUCACUGGCAUCGGACUCGGCACAAGGUGCCUCCAGCCUAACUUGUUGGUAUGACUCGCGGGCGGCUCUCUUCUGUGACUGGAACCCAGACAGGGACCUGGUUGAAGCACCUUGCCAGAUGGAGAUUUUAUCGAAGUCACCAUUUUGUGACAGGAUUUUUUUCUCACCUGAAAAAAUCAAGGAGCACUGUGAAUUACCCAAGGCAGAACACAUGACAGGACUGAGAAGAUGUGUCAAGAUCUUCAGCAAAAACAGUAAUGCUCAAUGCUUCACCACUGCAGACCGUCUUACCCUGUCUGUCCAUUGCCAGGUUGGAGAGAAUACAUCUAUACCUGCACGAAUAGAAGGUUUCAGACCACUUGCAAAUAUAAAGCUGAGGCCUCCUGGAAAUCUUCAGCUGGUUAGCAAAACUGAAAACACCUACAACUUAACAUGGAGCCUGAAUAUUUCCUCUCACUAUUUGGAUGGGGAGCGGGAAUACCAAGUGCGGUACCGAACCACGAGUCAGUCUUGGGAGGAGGCCAGGAACUUCACCAUUAUGCAGGACCAGAUGUGGGUGCUGUUUGAGAGCCUCUCCCCCAACUUGAAAUAUGAGGCAGCUGUCCGUGCAAGGCCGAGUGCCUCAAGUACCUACAAAGGCGCGUGGAGCGACUGGAGCGAGACCAUACUGUGGAGGACACAUGCUGACCAAACAUCCCGGACGCUGUUGCCAGCUGUUAUAGUGAGCACUUGCAUCUUUGUGAUCAUUGGGACUGCCUUCCUUAUUAACUUACGGACGCUGAAAUGGUUUAAGAAGAUCCUGAAGAUUCACAUCCCAGACCCCGAGAAGUUCUUUCCCCCACUUGUUUCCGUUCACGGAGGUGACAUUCAGAAAUGGCUCUCCUCCCCAUUCUCCACAUCUUCCUACUGUGUGAACAGCACAACCCCAGAGAUCUCCAUGCUCGAGGUGAUGCAGAAGAAUGACCAGGAAUCCCAGUUUCUACUUUCCAAGGGGACCCUGACUCCUGAUCCUCCCUUAGAAACCAGUGGGCACUCUGUAUCCAGCUGCUUCACCAACCAAGGCUACUUCUUCUUCCACCUUCCCAACUCCUUUGAGAUUGAGCCCUGUCAGGUCUACUUCACCUAUGAGCCUUUCACCCAGGAGGGCAGUGGCAGCGAGGAUGGCGAGUCUUACCAUGCUCUCCCCUCCCCAGACCUCUGCACACUGGCAGAGGAGAUGCCCGUGUUGUCCCACAACUUCCUUCACUGUAUCAAGAUGACCCAGGGCUUCCAAAAUAGCUCCUUCAUGGAAGACACAGAAGGUGAAGCCCAGAAGGCCAUGGCUAUUUCUGGAGCUCUCCAGUCAAGUGAAGGCACCUCACCAACACCAGUUCUGAAACAGGAUGAGAAGGUGAUGGACAAAGCAGCUUUACAACCUGCUGAGGCCCUGUGCCAGCUGGAUGCUCACUUUUCCGACCCACCAGAUGUGCAUGACAGUGAUACUGUCGAUGUAAUGGAGGGGAGUGGGACGUCAGGCCCUCCGAUUGACCCCUGUACACCAGCAGCACCUGCUGCCUCUUCUUUCUCUCAGCCUCCACCUCUAAGGCAAACCCAGGAUGAGGAUCCAUGCAGAACAGCCUUCUCCAGCCAGGUCCCAAACACUGGUGCCUACCUUUCUUUGAGGGACCUCCAAAGCCAGUACAGCCAUUGCUCUUUCUAGGAUCUGCCUGGAGGAAGCCCACAGGUGGGAAAGGCCACCUCUGCAGGGAAGGCUAGGUGGAUCUAUUCAGGACACAAACGUGAUUUCAACAUCAAAGCCACUGGGACUAUUCUUUAAUGAGGCUGGAGAACACAGUUACUCUAGAGGGCUGCAAAACCAGAAGAGGGAUAGGAUGGACAAGGUGCAAAUUCAUGGAUGGCUACAUGGGUAGCACUAGUUCCCAAGGUAAAGCGUUAGUGAAACAGACCACUGGAAAUGAGAGGACAUCUUGCAUGAAGCACUGGGCUAAUGGACAGUAAAGCAACACAGAGAGAAUGAUAAAGGCACAUUAAAGCCGUUCCGUGGCUACGCAGCUAAUGGAGAUGUAGAAGCCAUACAGGCCAACAAGGCCUCACCUUCAUAACUGAACCUGUUUCUCUGCAAUUACUGGAUCCAAUGGCACAGAAACCCCUUCCCGCACAGCUCAAGUGCCAUUCUGAACCUCAGCAGCUUGGUUCUUUCCUUCCCAGCUUCCACUAGGAGGCUGAGCCAGCACUUCCAUGCUCUGCAUCUUGGUGUAAAAUAGCACUCAGCUUUGAGGCUGAGCCAGCACGUGAUCCAUUUACCUUGUCCCAGCCUAAAAACCUCUAAUGGGAGGGAGAAAUGCCUGAAGAGGUGGAUAUGAGAUUGUGUACAAGGGACAGUAGCGCUGGCAGUCAGUGUUGGGACUGAUGAUGAAACGGAUGAAGACAUCUCCUCCUGACUGACCAAGGGUGUAAUUUUUUCUGUGAUGUCCCCAUUUCAGGUUUUAACCAGAGAUUACAUUCUGAGCUACUCGGUCCAUCUGUAGAUUUUAGUCUCUAAGGUCAGCUCAGAGCCACAACUGUGUCAGCUGUCUAAGCAGUGCAGUGUAAAAGAAAUCCCCAUUAUUGGGUUAAAAAUACUGGGGAAAUCCCCUCCCCUCCUUCUUUCCCCCAGGUCUGAUGAUGGCAGUAAAAAGAACACACACAAUUUCCCAUUCUUGCUGCAAUAUUUUUCAUGAAAUCGAAAGCCUCUCUGCCCUGCUGGCAAAAUACAGUUAUUUGACUAUGAUAAGCUGAUUGCAGAAUAGUUCAUCCCACAUCCUGUAUUAGUGGAAAACAUCGUAACGGUGCUACCCAUUCCUUCCAUUGCUCAAGGGAAACCAUUGCCUAAUUAACAACAAAGAUGUGGUGAAUGAGCCCAGAAAACUAACCCACGAAUCAGCACCUUUGCUGAAAAGAAAACCUCAAUCCACUCACAAAGAAUGGGGAUAGCAGAAACUACCUUCUUUUUUUUUCCUUUUUUUCUUUUUCCUCUGCAUUUGCUGAUCUGGGUUGAGAAAAAGCAGCACGCCACAGAAGAAAAGUGGCAAGGCAAAGGGAGACAAGAUGUCCUGGUUACAUCCAUCCCUGCAUUCAACAUCUGUACUGUCUGUCUGCUUUCUUGCUGUAUUUCUGGACUGUUCAGCGGUGGGAAAAUACCACCCCUGUGCUAAAGAUCUUUCUUCUAAGAGUUUUUAUAUCAAAAAGGUCAAGGACAUUGAACUUGUCGGUACUUCUGUCACCCCUGUGAGUAUCACCCAGAACU